AACGAUAAAGAAAAAACGGAUCUUAUAGCUAAAUUGGAAUAUGACGUUUCACUAAUCAAAGAACAAGACAAGAGUAUGGUGUGCAAUCAAAUCGUUACUAAUGUUUCGCAAGAUAUAGAACCUGGAAUCUCUGAUUCAUAUCCUCUUCAACAUAGGCCACCUACUGAAAGUUCUCCAAAAGAGGACAUUUACAUAUCUAAUAUUAAAUCUAGUAUUCCUCCCGAGCAGAAAAAGGAACAAGGUUUAAUACAAGAGAUUUCAACAUCCAUUAAAGAUCAGAAUGAUAUAACUAGAAUUUCACAGAACAAUGUUUGUCAAAAUCAUAUAACUGAAGUCGCUUCAGACCAAGAUAUUAUUUGUUUAUACCAAAAUGCAUGUGAUGCAGAAAAAGACGCUAUCAAAGCUAAUCAAGAAGAAAUAUUAUGCUGGUGUUUCUAUGCUAAAAAGUUUAAAGGUAUGGUUAAAGAUUUUAUAGCUAAUGGUAGAGUUGGAGAGAAAAAAGCAAAAGGACAA